AUGGCCGAUCGAAAUGCACCAAAUGGGGAAUAUGAUGAAGCGUGGGCAAAAGAUUUAAGACAACAAUUCGAAGGGUUAUUAAGGACGAAACGAUUAAAUGAAUUGGAUAAAUCGAGGUCAAGAAAUGCAUCGCCAUCACCAAGAGAAAGAUCAUCAUCAUCCAACUUACGAGCAACUUCUUCACAACAACAACAACAACAACAAUCUUCAAACUUUCGUCCAACUUCUUCAUCAAAUAAUUCAAACCCUUCAACCCCUCCUUCAUAUUCGUCCGUAAGAAACUUACCAAAGAUUCCAUCACCACCUGCAGAUGUACAAUCACAAAAGUUUCGAAAUCUAUUAAUUUCCAUCUCACAAACUCCUACGAAAUAUGAAAACCCAGGUUUAUUGGAUGAAGCUUUACAACACUUACCAUUGGAUAGGAUAUAUGGAGAGGCAGAAGAGGAAAGUCAAAUAUUACAAGCGGAAGCUGAAAGUAUGGGAGAUGGAAGGAAACCAGAAUGGGGUUAUCAAGAUUGUGUUAUUAGAGCUCUAUUGAGAUGGUUUAAACGUUCAUUCUUUUCAUGGGUCAACAAUCCACCAUGUCAAGUAUGCAUGUCACCUACAGUAGCCCAAGGCAUGACACCACCUACACCCGACGAAUCAGCAUGCGGAGCAACAAAAGUCGAAUUAUAUCGUUGUUCAGCGGGAGAUUGUAGAGCAUAUGAAAGAUUCCCUCGAUAUAGUGACGUAUGGCAAUUACUACAAACGCGCAAAGGAAGAGUAGGAGAAUGGGCCAAUUGUUUCAGCAUGCUGUGUCGCGCAGUAGGAGGUCGUGUAAGAUGGGUCUGGAAUGUCGAAGAUCAUGUCUGGACGGAAGUUUAUUCGGAUACGAAAAAGAGAUGGAUUCAUGUUGAUGCUUGUGAAGAAGCUUGGGAUAAUCCGCGAUUAUAUGCUGAGGGUUGGGGUAAGAAAAUGUCUUACUGUAUUGCCUUUUCAACGGAUGGUGCAACAGAUGUUACCAGAAGAUAUGUUCGAAAAGCGGAUCAUGCUCUUCCAAGAAACAAAUGCCCGGAGGAAGUUAUGCUAUACAUCCAAAACGAAAUUCGAGGUCUUCGAAGAUCAAAUAUGAAUAAGGAUGAGAGAUUUCGUUUGGAAAAGGAAGAUGCGAGGGAAGAUAAGGAAUUGAGAGGUUAUGUUGUGGCAUCCAUUGCACAAUCUGUUGUAUCGGGAUUGAGACCAGAUGGAUCUUCAAAUCAACACAUGGCAACCCCACCGCCACCUCAGAGACAAGAGGAUCAGAAAUUGCCGGCUGAACAACCUGGUAGACAAAGUGGUGCUCAAGAAUGGGCUAAUGCUAGAGGUGAAGCUGGAAGAAGAAGUCAACAUCCAAGAGAUCCUUCACAACAUGGACCUUGA